AUGAAGCUUGUUAUCGCUGGAGCAAACGGAUUUGUGGGAACGGAGCUCGUCCGCCAGAGCUUGCGGCUACCCAGCAUCACAUCCAUAAUAGCUCUUUCCAGACGCCCCGUGGAUAUUGGAAACGGAGAUUCAUCUGCUGCCGAGAUAUCAAAGCUGACGACUGUUGUGGUUGGAUCUUAUGACACUUACUCUGACGACGAGAAGGCAGUCUUCGCGAAUGCCGAUGCUUGCAUUUGGACAGUAGCAAUCACGCCGUCAAGGUCCGAUGCCUAUGAGUGGGACGAGGUUCAACGCGUUUGUCUCCGCUCACCUCUUGUGGCUCUAAAGGCCAUGAUUGAUGCGCGAUCUGAGGCAGCAUUCGGCCCCAAUUCGAAGCCUAUUCGAUUUGUGUACAUGAGCGGCAUAGCCUCGGAGCGUGACCAAACCAAGACUCCCAGUUUCAAGCCUAAAUAUUCCUUGUUACGAGGUGAAGCUGAAAGUGCUAUUCUCGCACUCGCGGAAGAACACAGACCAAAAGUCGAGGUGUGCAUUGCAAAACCUGGUUGGAUUACUGCACCAAAUGAUUAUAUGAAGAUGGCUAUGGGGUUUGCAUUAAAAUGGGUUGCAUCCUUGCCAAGCAUCUGUGUCCAAGAGAUAUCCGCUGCGAUGCUUCACCAAGUUGUCAAUGGAUUUGAAAAGGAUACUCUGCUCAACGACGACUUGGCGGGGAUAGGUAGAGCCAAUAUGUAA